AGGCUGUCAUCCAGCCGUGGUUUCACAAUGGGCAUGGCACACGAUGACGAUCGCGUGAACACUCUGCGGGCGCGUUAGAUGAUUUCAACGCAACGUGUACAUUACGGACACGCGCGAGGGAGCGAUCGCGAGGGCGAUUGCUGAAUGCGCCGUUGAUUUCCGCGACUCCAGGGAAUCCCGUGGGUUUCAUCGCCCGCCCGGUUAAUCCGUGGACGCGCGAACGCACGGCGAAUCAAUGGACUCUUUAGCAAUUGCCUACGCGGGUGUCUCGAGCACCAGGCCGCCGCCGCCGGCGCGCACAGCGGCGUCGCAUGUAACGGGCCCGCACACCGUCACCGUCCCGCUGAGUGACCACGCGAUGCGGUAGACCGGCAGUCGUGCAAUGCUGGUGUGGCCCCCACGCGCGUCAGACUACUCCUCUGCAGGGGUCCGGGUGAUGGAGAGGGGACGAGUGUUGGAGGGGGUGGAGUGGAGGCGGCGGGGGGUGUGAAUCCAGCAGCAUAGGCGGAGGAGAGCGGGGCGCGCGUGUGCAUCCCGGGGACUUGUUUGAGCGGAGAUUUUGGGGAGAUAUAAUGAUGAUGGGUGGCUCGGAUUUGCUGCGGGUGAUGGUGAUGACGAUGAUGGUGGUGGUGGCGCUGAUGGUGGUGAUGGUGCCGGAGACACGCGGUGCGGAGGAGGUGAUGGCGAGGAGCAUCCACGCGGAGGAGCGGCUGCUGCAGGCGCUGCUCACCGGGUACAGCCGCUGGUCGAGGCCCGUGCGCAACAGCACCCACGUGGUGUACGUGCGCUUCGGGCUGUCCGUGGCGCAGCUCAUAGACGUGGAUGAAAAGAAUCAAAUGAUGACGACUAACGUGUGGCUAAAGCAGGAGUGGCACGACUACAAGCUGCAGUGGGACCCCGCGGACUACGAGAAUGUCACGUCCAUCCGCAUCCCGGCGCAGCUCAUAUGGGUGCCGGACAUCGUGCUCUACAACAACGCGGACGGCGACUUCGCGGUGACGCACGUGACCAAGGCGCAGCUGAGGCACACGGGCGACGUGCGCUGGACGCCGCCGUCCAUCUACAAGAGCUCCUGCAACAUCGACGUCACCUUCUUCCCGUUCGACCAGCAGAACUGCAAGAUGAAGUUCGGCUCGUGGACCUACGACAAGGCCAAGAUCGACCUGGUGAGCAUGCACACGGACGCCGACCUCAAGGACUACUGGGAGAGCGGCGAGUGGGCCAUCGUGAAGGCGGUGGCGAGGUACAACACCAAAAAGUACGACUGCUGCCCGCAGGUCUACCCCGACAUCACCUACUCGUUCAUCAUCCGCCGCCUGCCGCUCUUCUACACCAUCAACCUCAUCGUGCCCUGCCUGCUCAUCUCGUGCCUCACCGUGCUGGUCUUCUACCUGCCCUCGGACUGCGGCGAGAAGAUCACCCUGUGCAUCUCCGUGCUCCUGUCGCUCACCGUCUUCCUGCUGCUCAUCACCGAGAUCAUCCCGUCCACGUCGCUCGUCAUCCCGCUCAUCGGCGAGUACCUCCUCUUCACCAUGAUCUUCGUGACGCUCUCCAUCGUCAUCACGGUGUUCGUGCUCAACGUUCACCACCGCUCGCCGGCCACACACAAGAUGCCGCGCUGGGUGGUCACGCUCUUCCUCGACGUCAUACCGCGCUGGCUGCUCAUGUGCCGGCCCGUCCACUCGACCAUCGGCAGCGCCGGCGGCGGCGGCGGUGUUGCCGUUGCCACCGCUGUCCCCAAUCUGACUGCGCGGAGGUCUUCCAAACACUACUUCCACCAGCAGCAGAUGAUGCAGCAGCAGCACUGUCAUCAGCACCACCAGCACCACCAACAACGUGGUAACGGUCACAGCGGCGGAGAUCACCACCUCCAUCAGCUGCGGAAUCUACAACUUCAGCAGCAGCAACAACAACAGACGCAGCAUAAUCAUAAUCAGCAACAGCACAACCACCAGCAGCAACAUCAACAGACGCAGCAAAAUCAUAAUCAGCACCAGCAUAAUCAUCAGCAGCAUCAACAGCAGCAGCAGCAAGGGGAUGACGGCUGCAAGCUGGGCUUGGUGCUGGACCUGGACGGGCUGCAGAUGACCGACGACAAGCCCAGGGCGGCGUCUUCCUCGUGCACGUGCAACGGGGUCGGCGCGGCGGGAUCGGCGGCGCCGUCAGCCCCAGCGUCGCCAGCGCCUUGGGACCACUGCGGGGCCAGGGCCCAGGGAGGCCCGGGAGAGUGCCUGGAUUUCUCCGGGGCACCCGCGACCCUCUGGCAGGCCAUGGAGGGCGUGUGCUACGUCGCCGACGAGCUGAGGGCCGGAGAUGCCGACUACGCCGUGAAGGAGGACUGGAAGUACGUGGCCAUGGUGAUAGACAGAAUCUUCCUGUGGGUCUUCGUCCUCGUGUGCAUCUUCGGGACGUUUGGACUCUUCUUGCCCCCCUGGAUCGCCGGAAUGCUGUGACCUGGGCCAGCGCUGGACGUGUGACUCCGGGAUCUGCCAUUCGCCGAUUUAGGGGGUGGCGGAGAGAGAGAGAGAGGGCUGGGAUAGGGGGCAGAGAGAUGGAGAUGUGUGCACUGUAUUUAUGAACGAUUGAAAUAGUGUUUUGAUGUCUUAAAAGCGUUUAAAAGGUAAAUUAAUAAAACUAUUUAACAGGGUUGAACGAAGGAAGGUGAAAUUAUGAAAUUCAUCAUCGUCGUUGUUUCUGACCGCCUGACGUUUAAGGCACAUUUAUUUGUGUUCAGUAUAUGUCAUCAAAUAUCAUCAUAAUCGUCAUUCAGUUACUGCUUAAAACAAAUACGACCGCGUAAUGGUGUGUGUGUUUUAAGGUCUCAUCAGAAAUUAUAUUUAUAUUGUGCUUAAACGAAGAUGGUCGUGUGACGUAAAGGAGAUAUAUCCGUUGUGUUCGUUAAAUUGGCACGCAUCAUUGCACACACAGCGCGUGUAUGUAUUUAUUUAUUGAUUACAAUGUAUUAUGCACAGUGUGUGUGUGUAUAUAUACAUACACAUACUAGAUGUUUAUAGCACGCAAUCUAUAUUCAUGUGCAAUGGACGAUGUGUACCAUGUUACACAAACACACAGGUACACAAAGACAAAGAUCCCCCGUGUAGCCUCUAACAGGUCUUCAACAGACUUUUGGGGCAAGUGCUCUUAGCGAGGACCUAUGAAGGCACAAUAGGCGGUCAUGGA